AUGCGUUCCGUAAAUGUCUUGUUACUCGUUGCUUCUCUUUCGUUGAUGGUUGCAAAUGUUGCAUCGCAAUCGUCCAAUUUACCCGGUGUUUUAGUAGGAUAUCCCACAAGUGAUCAGAGUUUUUCAUGUGGAGGCACAAUGAACGUUGGUAUUCUUCCAGGGCCCGAUGUUAUAUCUAUUACCACCAUUCAGCUAGGUAUUGCUGGUGUAAAAGGGGUUCCAAUGGAUUGUACCCCUACACCAGGCAAACCUCCCAUGUCAUAUUAUUCAUGUAAAAUGCCCUCCACAUCGGAUUUCUGCAGUGGCCGUUCAUAUGAUGUUGCAAUCACCAGCAACAAUGGGAAAUCCACUAAUGCAUUCAAUGGACAAUCAGCCACAUUCACAAUUGGUAAUCCCGGAAAUUAUGGUAUUGUUUUCACUGGUCCCCAACUCGCUUCUGUUUACAAGUGCAGUGACACCGUCAACGUUACAUGGACUGAUCCAUUCAACGUGUAUGCUGGAAGAACUUUCAGUUCUUUUGUCCUUACAGUGUUCGAUUCUCAAGGAAACUAUCAUAAUCCAGGGAACAUUCCGAACACUGUAGGUGUUUUAAAGGUUGAUCAGGGCUAUUUCACUUUCAAACUUAACUCGGUUGUUCCCGUUACCCAAGCUAGAGGAUACCAAUUCAACGCCGGAAUCGAUGGAAACAUUUAUACCUCCCCUCCCUUUUUCAUUUAUGACAGUUGCUGA